AGGCAUCAGAUUUUUCAAAAAGAGAAAUAUACAGCAACUUUCAAGGCCUAAAUAACUGUGUACAACAUACUCUUUCAUCGCCCGUAUUCACAUCUUUCAAGGCGAACAGAGAGAUCACCAUGGAUACUAUUGUGGCACAAAUUAAAGAGGUCGUGGGUAAUGCAGAUGUGAAUGUUAGGGCAGAAAUGUUGGAUAUUCUCGAGGAUCUUGUAGUGGAACUUCGAGACCCGAUGGAUAUUCUCUAUGGGGCUUAUGGAUCGGCUGUCAAAAUGCCCAUGACAAAAGUCUGUGCAGAUAUCGGCGUGUUUAAAAAGUUGGCUGAGCUGGAGCCAGGAGCGUCAAAGACUGUUGAUCAACUGGCCGGUGAAACAGGCGCAGAUGCUGAGCUUCUAGAAAGAGUUCUUCGCUAUCUUUCGUCUAUCAAAUAUAUCCAAGAAAUCGGCCCCAACCAAUAUACCGCGAAUAAAAUAACUCAUAUCCUGGCCAACCCGGUGUUGGAAGCUUCUCUAACUCAUGGAGUAUCCAGCAUGAAUCCUGCAAUAAAUGCAACCCCAGCAUUCCUCAAGGAAACUGGCUAUAAGAACGUAAACGACAGUUCCAACACCCCGUUCCAAAAGGCAUUCAAUACCAAGCUCAAAGCUUUCGACUACAUGUCCCAAGUCCCGGAGAUGUUCAACUCAUUACAGAUCGUCAUGAGUGCUUUGGAGUCGAGUAAUUGGACCAAAAACUUCGAUAUUUUUCAACAGGAAUUGAACGCUCUGAUGACUUCAGCAUUCCCUGACUCGUCCAAGAGACAAUUCCUAGUCGAUGUCGGGGGUGGCCAUGGCCAUCAAUGUGUGCAACUCCUCCAGAAAUACCCUAUUCUUCAUGGAAAACUGACCCUCGAGGAUCUCCCCGAAGCCGUCGAGAAGGCAUCACGCAAAGACGGCGUUUCGUAUAUUGCGCAAGACUUUUUCAAGCCACAGGCUAUCCAAGGCGCAAAGUUCUACUACAUGCGCCGGAUUAUGCACGACUGGCCCGAAGACGAGUGUGUUCAGAUUUUAAGACAGCUUGUAGAUGUCCUUGCUGAAGAUUCCAGGAUAUUGUUGGAUGAAGUUCUGUUGCCUGAUACUGGUGCGCAUUGGCAAGCAACGAUGGCCGACUUGUCUAUGAUGAUUGUCUUUGCUGGUGCCGAGCGCACGAGCAGAGCAUGGCAUAGGCUUGUCGCGAAGGCUGGUCUGAGGAUCGCCCAUUUACAUACCUAUGAUACUAAGAGGGGGUAUUCGGUUAUUGUCCUGGAGAAGGCCUCCUGACAUUGUCAAGAUCAAGGCUUAUGAAGUCUCCACUCCCAGGAAGGGGUCCUCAGGAUA